AUGUCAUGUGCUACACCAGUGUUAAUUUGUAAAACGGUUCAAAAAGCGAUUUUUUAAUACGUGACUUUGUUUACUCAAGGUUAUGCAGUUUUUUUUAAUAGAGACUUUACAAUCGUGUUCAUUUUGUGAUCACCAAUGCAGUCUAGUCGCACACAAAAAAAACAGGACAGUGAGGGUGGAAAAUUGAUUUUCCCUUAGUAUUACAUGGUAUCACAGUCAGUCGUAGUUGUGCACUCAUUUGUAAGUUAUCGCAAAUAGGCAACUAGCAUUUUUAUUUUUAUAGGCUUUUCGCUUCUUCAAUUUACAAAAUUAAUUUACUACAGUUCGUGAAUUAGUUGGGUGGUGCUAAGUUGCCAAGUGACGCUCCGAAACACAAAGCAGCCCUUAAAAUACCGUGACCGUGCAGUUUGAGCUAAUUUGGCAGCGUGUUCUGACUCCAAAGUGCUUUUGUACCUGUGUCGGUCUUAUGCAGUCAUAUGUGCCAAUGCAUAAUAUGCAUUUUUACCAUGUUAUUGAUAGUGCUGUAGUGUAAGCCAGUGUUUGAGGACAACCAAACAAAAAAUUGCGAAAUGUAAUUUUUGCUAAAUUUUUGUAAAGUAGCAAUGGUAUUAAGCCGUUGUUAUAAAAUGUUUGUAAAUAUUGUGUUGCUCACACGAAUAUUUUUUUGAAUAAUGUUUUUUUUUUAUACAUAAUACAUAAUAAAGGCAUAUGACUUACAUACAUACAUAUAUGAAUGUAAACUGUUCCACUUCGCACCGUAGUAUAUUAUGUGGUUUAAUUUCAUUGGUGCGCCGGUUCGCAUGUUAAUUUUUUUAUUUGCUUCAUUUAUUUGGUGCUUGGCACCAUUUUGUUAUAAUUUUUCCCUAUUUGAGUUAUACUCAAGUUUUGUGCUUACUAUUUAAAAUUUAAUAGCAUAUAUAGCUAAAAGAUAUUGUUCUAUAUCGUUGUAUAUUUAUAGCUUCUGUUGCAUUUUUUGUAUUAAAACAUAGGGCACCUAUAUGUUUUAUAAAAAUUAUAUAUACAUAUGUAUGUAUUAUAUGUUUGUCUUGUAAAGGUAUGGGUGGUUGUAUUAGCAUAUACAAAUAAAAAUAGUUCACAGCACCCAAAUUUCAAACAAGUUUACCAGGUGUUUAAAUUUCCAGAAAUACAUUCAGUUCACAAAUAUACAUUUGCACUCGAUUCAUUAUUUCAACUUAACCACUUCAACAAUAACAACAAGAAUAACAACUCACUCUUGAUGCAUUCUCUUUUUCUAUGAAUUAGUUUUUGCCUCUCUUUAUUGCCCGCUAAAGUAAACAUCUAGCACACUAUAACUAUUUUAUAGCACUUGAUUCCUUUGGACAACAGAAUUUUAAAUGUCACAACAUUUGAAAAAGAAUUCGCCUACCAGCCGAAAUCGUAAGCAACAACAACAACAACAGCAAACACAAAAUGCAGACAGUGUAAAGCAAAAAACAAAUGCCUCAGGCAACCAGUUAACUGCCAAUAGAAAGUCAAAUGGCGGUGUACCCUGGUCCAGUAACAGCGCCUCCACGCCUAGUGGUAGCAUCACGUCAUCCGUGUCGGCACCCGCGCUUAUGCGCAAAAAAUCGCAAACGAAAUUGCAAAAGGAGAAGGAACGCGCGGAGCGUGAGACGCUAGUGCUGUGGCGGCGACCGGUGCAAACUGUGCGGUAUUGUGGCCUGGAGAUAGUGACCUUAGCGCAGACUUCGUGCAAACGUUUACUCCAGCAACGUGGUUUGCUUGCGGCACUGGUAGUUUUAGGUACUAUCUUAAGUUUUUUCUAUUAUUUACCGGGUCCACAUCAGCUGGUAUUGGAUGUGGUACGCCGCAACACUUGGUUCUUCAUCUACUGGACCGGUUUGGGUGUACUCUCCUCUGUAGGUCUGGGCACAGGUUUGCAUACGUUUUUGUUGUAUUUGGGACCACAUAUAGCUAGUGUUACGCUAGCUGCAUACGAAUGCAACUCGUUGAAUUUUCCGCGACCACCAUAUCCCGAUGAUAUUAUCUGCCCGGAUGAGCCAUAUGCAAAGAAAGUGCCAAAUCUAUGGAUGAUUAUGAGUAAAGUACGCAUGGAAGCGUUUCUGUGGGGUGCCGGCACUGCUUUAGGCGAACUGCCACCUUAUUUCAUGGCAAAGGCUGCACGCCUGUCUGGCUAUGAUCCCGACGAUGCCGAGGAGUUGGCUGAAUUCGAGGCUUUGAAGGCCAAACGUAAUCAAAAGAAUUUGAGCUUAAUGGAUAAGGGCAAAUUAUUUAUGGAACGCGUUGUGGAACGUGUUGGCUUCUUGGGCAUUUUGGCAUGUGCAAGUAUUCCCAAUCCGCUAUUUGACUUGGCCGGCAUUACAUGUGGCCACUUUUUGGUGCCAUUCUGGACUUUCUUCGGUGCUACGCUCAUUGGCAAGGCCAUUAUCAAAAUGCACAUACAAAAAGUAUUCGUAAUCAUUGCUUUCAAUGAAGUGCUUAUUGAACGUGCAGUCGAUUUGCUGGGCAAACUGCCCAUAUUGGGUAAAAAACUGCAGGAGCCGUUUAAGGGCUUCCUUAACAAUCAGAAGAAACAUUUGCAUCGUGAACGUCAACCGGCGGCCGAGUCGGGUAACUUGCUGUCAAAGGUGUUUGAAACGUUCGUCAUCUGCAUGGUUUGCUACUUCAUAAUUUCGAUUGUUAACUCAUUGGCGCAAAGUUACCACAAGCGUUUGCAUAAGAAGCAUGUGAAAAAAGUGAAGAAACCGAUAGCAAAGGAUUAGGUGGUAGUGCAGUAGUUGAAAAAACAGAGUGCAGUUUGGGGGGUGGUAGUUAUAGUUUUGUUUAGAAGAGCGUGGAAAGCGUAAAAAGAGAAGCCGUAGUGAAUAUGAUUGAACUAUUUUGGCAUUGCGUUGGAAGCGCUGAAAGCGUUGAGUGUGGUGCGAAAACUUGCAUUAACAAUAUUCUAUACAAAUUUACUAUAUGCCCACUAAUGUUGUGUUUAGCAAAAUUCCUAAUUAGGAUAAGAUGAGCAAUCGUCGUUAUGAAUUGAAUUAUACAAAAAAAUAUAAGACAUCAUCAACGUAAAUGACUGACAACCAAAAAGUUCAAGGUGGUGCCGUUGAUGAUUGAGUUAAUUAUUUUUUUUUAUGUAAUGCUGUUUAACGGUAAAUUCUACAAUGAGGUUUAAGUUUAUCGCAAUAACCGCAGAAUUUCAGAAUUUAUGCAGCCUUAUGCUAAUUGAGUCAUAAGCAGCUAGUCCUAAUUUUUAUGUGUGUGUGUACAAAAAUAUAGGAAAAGUACGUCUCAUGAUGAAAUUCAAUUAAUUUCACAUCAAAUUACACAUGCAUAUAUGUAUGCAUAAGUUAUGAGUGUGUAUUGUGUGCAUUUAUUUUAGUGUAAAUGAAAUUUAUUUUCGUGUACUAAAUAUGUAUAGCGGAGCAAGGACAAAUAGAAAGUAGUAUAGAAAAGCAAGUUGUAUGAAGAAAUACAAGAAGAGAGUAAAUGAAAAUUACAGUUAUAUGUAGUCGCGUUGCAGUUGUAUUCUAGCAUUAGUUGCGUGAUAAAUUUUUAAUUAAUAAAAACUAAAUUAAAGUAAUACUAAGCGUUAAGUAAAGUAUUCGGCCAAAAUGCAAAUGGAGGAACAACAAGCAUAAAAUAUUAUAAAAAUAUAGUAAAAAUAUAAACUUAAUAAAAAUCUAUAAUGAUAAGCUUAAAACCAUACAUAGAAGCAAACAUGAAAAGACAUUUGUAAAAAAACAGGUUAAAAACAGGAUUUCUAAAUAGAGCUCGUUGUGCGCCAAUAAUGGCUUUACCAAAAAUUGUAUGAAUAAAAAAUUAACAAUACAAAAUA